AUGCCGAAGAACGAGAUCGGUAGGACAAUGCUGGUCAACCUCAAGAAGAUUAUUCAAAAGAACAGUUCUAUUCCUUCCAUGGAAGCACAACUUGAACUUUUUCAUACUAGUCGAGCGUUUGAUGCCCAUGCUGGACAAUGAAGUAUUGCGAACAUGGGGACAACUGAUCAAGGACAGAACAAAAUCCACUUAAUCCACCAAUCAACCAAGUCGUCAAAAGCCAUCAAUUCAGGAAGCAAUCGACGUCAAACAAUCCUAACGUUCGAAGCUCUGCACGUAGUACUUCAAAUAAUAAUCGGGCUCGAUAUUAUUUCUUCAAUACCGUUUCCAUUGCAAAUUUUCGGAAAUAUCAACCAACCGAUAGAACCUGUUCCCAAUAGAAUGCAUUACUCAAAGUGGCAUUGAUUGGUAAUCCGGUCAAUCCACACAAAAGGGUGGAUGCCGUACGUCCCUCCCCACAAACGACGCCUUGUUGGUUUACCCACCCCAAAACAAAGCGCUUCUUCCGGAGAGAGAACUAAAACGACGGCACUACAACGCAACUACAAUAAGAUUGAUGGAAGCAACACCAGUGAUCGAUUGGAAGACGAGAACUGCAGGCUGUUCUGUGGCACCUUUUCGUCCAUACGCUGCAUCAACCUUCAGGACCGCACCAACGAUUGGGAGCGAUUUCUCCGUCAGGGCCGCCGGAUCGGUCCGCGGUUUUUGAACAAAUUGGAGCGGUUCGAUGCCGUGAACGGCGGGGAACUCGUAGCUGCACUACAAUCAGGAGACGGCGACGGCGACAACACGGUUGCGAUUGUUGCGCCGAGGGAAAGAUGCGUUGGUACCCACUGCGCUCGAAUCGGCAUGGACAUUUUGCUAGAGUGGGACACGACGGGGAAUGCGCAGUGGGAUCGGCACGUUCAGCCCGGGAUCACCAAGCGGCUGACCCCGGGAGAGAUUGGCUGUGCCUUGUCCCAUGCAUCGUUGUGGAGAGAGCUUGCCACUGGGAAGCCGAAUCGCCAUCCGGAAGAGGGGAACGAAUUGACAGGAACCGCAACAGGGUCGCUGCUAUCAACCCCCCUCUUGCCCAUGCUGAUUUUCGAAGACGACGCUGAAUUUCUGGCAUCGUCCCCCAAUGCACAACAAGGAAAGCACUAUAGCGACAAGUCGGCCGAUCGGUUCCUCGAGGCCUUUCGGUUGGCACGCCGGCAGUUGCCGACCGAUUCGUGGGAUGUUUUCUAUCUCGGAUUUUCGGACCGGGGCGAACGAAGGGACGUCCUUCGCAGCGGCGCUCCACAGAGAAGAGAAGCAGGGGCCGGCUGGCAGGGCGCCGGAGAAGAAGACAUCGUGGUGGAGCUGUUCCGGCCCACGUACGGGUUUCAUACCCACUGCUACGCGAUUACGCAGGCAGCCGCCCAAAGGCUGCUGCAAAACCUCCCCAUUGUCGGUCCCGUAGAUGUUUGGCUCGCGGACAACGAAUGGUUUGGUCUCGACGUCUAUUGUGCCGUGGUUGCAAACGAGGGCUGGAAAGGAACGGGCAGCCCGCUGGUGGGCCAGAACCGGAGACGAAAAAGCAGCAUUGUCCAGUCUGGCCGCACAAAACAGAGGGGAUCGCAUUGGAGAACCAAUUCGAAGCAAGGCUGAAACGGUGCAUCAUACGAUUCAAUCCAAUCGACAAAAUCCUUGAAUUUUGGCGGGAAAGAACUGAUCGAAUUACUCUUCUCUGUAGCUUUUGUUUCAAAGGCGAAAAGGAACGACGAAAGCGGUGAUCGAGACUCGAUUCACAAAUCGACCAGAUCGUAUCACACUUCUUUGCAGCUUUUGUUCCCUAGGUGAAAAGAAACAACCGAGACGACCAUCGAAGUUGGAUUCGCAAAUCGACCACAUUCUGGCCAAACUUAAUUCUUUUCUCGAAGACAUAGUUGCCCAAUACUUGCCGAAGGAAAACAUCGGAGUGCAAAAAAGGAAACGGGAAUCGUUUGAACCAAAAACUCGUGCAGUUCUGGAUUCAACAGUGCAAAAUGAUUCGAAAAUCAUACCAUUUAGGACUCUGGAGUAUUCGGGUAUUCAGCAAGUGUUGAAACCAAUAUCCGGCAGCUUUAACGACACAAUACUUUAUAUAGAUGUAUCCGCCGUUCUCUGGAGAAACUUUGAAUUACUAGUAGAAUCGAAUCUAAUAUGUUCGCACUCAAUUCAAAAUUACUCGUAUCCUUCAUGGCGUUGUUUUCAAGAACGAGAAGGAUUCCGAGCUUUGUGUUCUAUUUGGUCGAUGUCGCUCCCUUGGAAAUAGCAUGAAAUGACUGGAAUAUGGUAUGUGCAAUAACUUCUGAGAAAUUCA